ACCUAUUCAUUCUAUCAGCUUUCCAGAUUGUGAAGUGGUGUGCAAUGUCAUCGAAGUUGGAAAAAUUUUACCAUGCAUUCCCUGAAAGCGGUGGUGUUUUACCGUGUGGUUGCAUUGGGUUCUGCUCAGAAGAUGACGACGAUGGACUCACGCGGUUGGAUCUGUGCAGCCGGAUUUCAGAAGCGGAUGAUGAACUCGUUUUCCAACGCUUUAUCGUCCAGCGCGGCAUGCAUGCAUUGACAGUAUUGGCGAUGAGUUUCUCUGACUUACUCCUUGUGAGGAUGAAACGCGAAGCUCUACAUUGUCGUGGUACUGAUCUCCUCCUUGACAUGAAACUUCUUCUGAACUAUCGCUACACUAAAAUGCGGAACGAGUUCGCGCCGGACGUGGAGAAAAGAACCCGCGCGCGACAAGCGUAUCUCAAGUCAGUUUCGAGGGAAGCAGAAAACGCGCUGAGACUCAUGCCUGAAAUGCAAACUCAUCUUGAAGGCGUUCUCAAAGCAGCGGAAAUUCUGUCAACUGUUGUGCCUCCAGAAUCCGUUUCACCAGUUACAAUUUCCGACGAAAUUUUGUCUUCAACUACUCGGAAAGCUUUAGAAUCAGUUCGAGAAAGCAUGGCGAAUGUAUUCGCUGAAGACAUGAAACAAUCUAAAAAGAUAGCUUUCUUCCAAGACCUGGAAGAAGAAACGUCGGCAGCGGCGUUGGACCUGCGCAAGAAGAUGGUCAAGGAGACGCGGGUUUUGGAAGCACUGAAAAUUGUCGCCUGUUGCUUGAAACUGCGCAAGUUAGAAAGGGACAUGGAAUUUUCUGAGGGGAGUUUGACUGCGAUGCAUACAAAAUUGAAAAUCAGCGGUGAAAAGUGUCGAAUUGUUGCGCUUUACUUCAAGAAUCGUUACAUUUCAGAAGGACGUCUGGCAGCUUCAGCAAGUAUUCAAGUGGGAAAUGGCGUCACCGAUGUUCCGUUCAGACUCGAUAGUCGUGUGGUUGAAACGAUGUGA